UGUCGCGAGUUUGAUGACGCGGAGGUUUCUGGAACGUUUGUUUUGCGCGACGCUACGUUCAAGUGCAGCAACGUUGAACAACAAAGAAUACUCUUAUUUACGAGUAGCGAGUUACUUUACCCGGUAGCUGGGCGUUCAUUCGGAUAUAUAAUACGCAUUUAUUAAUUUAAGGUAGAAACUCGCUUCCUUUGAGUCAAGAUGUCGUACAUGUUACCACAUCUCCACAAUGGCUGGCAGGUGGACCAAGCCAUCCUGUCUGAGGAGGACCGAGUCCUGGUCAUCCGCUUCGGACACGACUGGGACCCGACGUGCAUGAAGAUGGACGAGGUUCUGUACAGCAUCGCUGAGAAGGUAAAAAACUUUGCUGUCAUUUACCUGGUGGACAUCACCGAAGUGCCCGAUUUCAAUAAGAUGUACGAGCUGUACGACCCCUGCACCGUCAUGUUCUUCUUCAGGAACAAACACAUCAUGAUUGAUCUGGGCACCGGAAACAACAACAAGAUCAACUGGAUCAUCGAGGACAAGCAGGAGAUGAUAGACAUUGUGGAAACGGUGUACCGAGGAGCGCGCAAAGGACGAGGUUUAGUGGUGUCUCCCAAGGAUUACUCCACAAAAUACAGAUAUUGAGUUUUCUCCUUCACUUGCCUCCUUUUUUUUUUUUUUCACUGUUUGCUUCCCUUCCUUGUUACUUUGUCAACCGAGAGACUAUAAACAACUGAAAGCAAAAAACAUAAUUAUUUAUUUUAUGUUUCCUUUGCCGAUGGAGGAGAGGAUCCUUAUCAAGGGUCGUGUGUUACUGUUCGUCUCUUAUGUUUUACACCAUUUCAUGAAUAUUAGCUUGUGUCUCGUGUUUUUCUAAGAGUUAUUUCUGUGAAAUAAGAGUAAAACAGAUCAGACACACAUUUCUGGGCCUCAUCUGACUGUUGUAAUAAAUAUUGAUUUCUACUUUAAA